CUCGCGUUGCGAGAAAUCAGAAAACUCCAGCAAGUCACGAACCUUCUCAUGCCCAAGGCCCCCUUUCAGCGACUGGUACGAGAGAUUACCAAUGAGAUAAAAGAGGGCACGCGCUUCCAAGCAAGUGCCCUUGGAGCUCUACAGGAGUCCGCAGAACGAGCUGAUGGAGUACAAUGA